CUCCCUCCCGGCAGGGAGAGCCAUGCGGCCGUCCCGCUGCGCCGCGGCCGCGCCGAGCCCCGCCCGCGGGGAGGGCGGCGGUGUGGCGGGGCUGUUGCUCCCUGGAGUGCUCGCCUGCCUCGCGUGGCUCUGCGGGGCCCGGGGCCCGCCGGAGCCGUUCUGCCCCGCCGUACUGGGCCCGAACGCGUCGCGCCUGGAGCGGAGCUGCGACAGGGAGCAGCGGGCGGCUGCCGGCAUCGGCGCGUGGGGCCUGAGCUCGGGGAGCCUGCUGGAUUCUUUUCCAAUUGAUCCAAUCCAAGAAAAUUAUGUCCGUAAUGUGAGAAACUGCAUUUUUUCCGUUGUCUAUCCCACACCUUUUAAAUCCAGAGUUCUUCUUGUGGCUGUUUCAGAGGAAGUUAUUGAAGAUAUUUUGGAUCUUCAUAUAUCUGUCAAAGAAACCUCUGAUUUUCUUCAGUUUGUCAGCGGUGAGAAAGUGUUACAUGGGUCUGUUCCUUUGGCCCAUAGAUACGGAGGCCAUCAGUUUGGCAGCUGGGCAGGUCAGCUGGGGGAUGGAAGAGCCCACUUGGUUGGAGUGUACACAAACAGGCAUGGUGAAAGGUGGGAACUGCAGUUGAAGGGCUCAGGAAAGACCCCAUACUCCCGGAAUGGUGAUGGAAGAGCUGUGCUUCGCUCUUCUGUGCGGGAAUUUCUGUGUAGUGAGGCUAUGCAUUAUCUUGGAAUUCCAACAAGCAGAGCUGCUAGCUUAGUUGUAAGUGAUGACGAUGUGUGGAGAGACCAAUUUUACAAUGGAAAUAUUAAGAAAGAGAGAGGUGCAGUAGUACUCCGUCUUGCCAAAUCGUGGUUUCGUAUAGGAUCCUUAGAAAUCUUGGCUCAUUCUGGGGAACUGGAUUUACUAAGGAAGUUGCUGGACUUCAUCAUCCAGGAACAUUUUCCAUCAAUAGUCCCCAACAAUUCAGACAGGUAUCUGGAAUUUUUCUCUACAGUCGUAUCAGAGACAGCAAAUGUGAUUGCAUUGUGGAUGUCUGUGGGUUUUGCACAUGGUGUGUGCAAUACAGAUAACUUCAGUUUGUUAUCCAUAACAAUAGAUUAUGGUCCGUUUGGAUUUAUGGACUCCUAUGACCCAAAUUUUGUUCCAAACACGUCCGAUGAUGAAGGGAGGUAUAAGAUAGGAAACCAGGCAAAUGUUGGGCUGUUUAAUCUGAACAAGCUGUUACAAGCACUGAAGCCUUUAUUGGAUCCCAGGCAAAAACAGCUAGCUUCCCAGAUUUUGGAAGAGUAUGGCCAAACCUAUAAAGCCCGUUUUACAGAAUUGUUCAAGAGAAAACUGGGGCUUCUUGGGGACAGUGAGGAUGAUAACUAUUUGAUUGCUUUUCUUCUAAAACUCAUGGAAGAUACAAAGGCUGAUUUCACAAUGACAUUUCGACAGCUCAGUGAAAUUACUGCAGACCAAUUAAAGGAGCUCCGUAUUCCUGAGGAGUUCUGGGCCCUGCAGGAUCUGGGAAAACACGAGUUAUUUUCAGAGUGGGUUGCUAUGUACCUCUCACGGUUAGAUGGUAACAAGGGUGAUUCAGACAUCAAGAGAAGAAGAAGAAUGACAACUGUUAAUCCUAGAUACGUGCUUAGGAAUUGGAUGGCAGAAUCAGCAGUGCAGAAAGCUAACCUGAAUGAUUUUUCAGAGGUUCAGCUCCUGCAGCGGGUCUUACAGCGUCCCUUCCAGAGGCAGCAGGCUGCAGAGAAGGCAGGCUUUGCCCUGCGCCCACCUGCUUGGGCCAGGGGUCUUAAAGUGAGCUGCUCGUCCUGAGGGAAACUUGAACAAGGAGAACUGUCGGACUUCAGACCUUCUGAUGGGAGCGAGGAAGCCGCACUCCCUCGUGCAUUGUGGACUGGAAUCUGCUGCUCUGCUAGACAACUUCUUGACCAACUUUAUAAAGUCUAAAGAUUAAAGAAAUGGACCCUGUGUGUUUGCAUCAACAAAUUGCACCGGUGUUUGUGGCCAUCUUGGGAGUGACUUACCCAAAGUACCUUCGCCAGAGACAGGUGUGUGCUAAGCCUGCUGCUCUGCUCUCGUUCUCCGUUCCUCUCUUCUUUCUUGUAUGAGGGAGAUGAUAGGUGUGUGGAUAUAAUGACUCAGGGAAUUUUCACAGGUGGCACGUGGAAAUGGGCUUCCUUGCAAGUAUCCUGUUACGUGUAUUCUCAGGUUCAUAUACCUUUUGUACUCAGCUUCCUGCUGAUCUGACAAAUGUAUUUCCAAGCUGUUACUUAGCAGCAUACCUUGAAUUCUAACAGCAGGGCUCGUCUUUGUUUUAGUCCAGUGUCUGUCUGACAUUGCAAUUCCAGAUCAUGAAACUAAGUGUAUAAAUUAAAACAAAAUUAAUAUAUAAGCAAUCAGGUGCAGUGUAAUGCUACAAAGCUUAUAGCAAAAUUCACUUAUCUGGGGCUUUGUUACUUCUUGAUGCUAUCUCAGCUCUUCCCAGUUCCAAAAUGGAUUGUUUUAGAAGAUCCAACUGUCCUCACUGCUGCUUGCAUCUGAAAUGAAGGCUGUGCUAUGAUUAGCAAUUCAUAAAUCUGUUUCUAUACAAAUAUAAUUAGCCAGGGAAAAAUAUAUUAUUAGAAAUAUUCCACUGACUAAAAAAAAUAUACAAAUGUGUUUGCUUAUUAAGUACAGUCAACACAGUUAUUUGGGAUGUUUUUUCCUUGGCUAUAUGGUUGCUCAGCCUGAGUUAACUCCUUUUGCAAGCAGUAAGUGCUCUUCUGCAACAGCUGGGAUGAGCAUUUGAGGCAGCACUACCCCAGCUAAGAGCAGUGGGCUGGUGGGAGCUCCUGUAGGAGCCCUGCUGCAGCUGGUGGCAUUCACAGCCGGAGGGAACACUGCUGCUGAUAGCUGUUCUAAAGGAAUUUGAAAAUGAAAUGAAAGGAGUUUGAAAUUGAAAAUACCGGUGAAAUGGUAUCUUGACUGUUCUGCUUUCGUAAAAAUCACCUGACUGUUGCAGGUAAUCACACUGCCAUAGGGUACUUCGCAAGACCAUGACAAUUUGUAAGUCCUAACUAUACUGAAUCUCUUCUGCUCUUGUCUCUCUCAAAGAGAAUGCACGUUUCCCAGUUAGUAUGAGGCUGUUAAUGGUAACUCGUAAAUAAGAGUUUGGUACUUUUUCACUGAGAGGGCAGUAAGGCACUGGCACUGCUGCUCAGAGGAGCUGUGGGUGUCACAUCCCUGGAAGAGCUCCAGGUUGGAUGGGGCACUGGGCAGCAGCAUCUGCUGGGGAUCAGCCCUGCCCAUGGCAGGAGGUGAAACCAGAUGGGCUGUAAGGUCCUGUCCAGCCCAACCGUUCUGUCAUUCUCUGAUUGAGACUUGAUCAUGGCCACAUGAUCAUCUUAAGUUUCUAUUUUUUUCUCAAAGUGCAUGAAAAAGAACACUUGAAAAACACAUGAAAUUAUCUCAACGCUACCACAGAGAAGUGAGCCCACAUCUUGCUCAGAAUUUUGUACCACCUGACUUUCUAUAUCUGGGUUUUAAUUCAUGGUGGUUAAUGAUUACAGUGUAAGUGUUAAUACUGGGUUUCCUGACAUACUUCCUGAAAUUCUUACAUUGGCUUUUGCCUGAUGCUCUGGAGCUGCCUCUUGCUUCACAUUAUGUAAACAUGACAGUGAUGCAGAAGCAGAUGGGGAGGAGCAGUACUGAGUCUGGCUGAGGUGUUUGUGCUAUCCUUUCCACACCAGAGGGCUGCCAGGAGAUUCAGCCUGUGAAUCUGAUGUGAGCCUCACAUGCAGACGUUGAUCUCUGGAGUUUUGUGUAGGCUUUCAUUCUUCUUGUUUUUAAGACAGCUCAACUGGUUUUCCUUGUGAAGUGUUAAGAUGUGGGUUAUGAUUGACUGAGAAUGUGAAAUGUAUAAAAUUGAGUUUAUUGUGCUGAAGCAAAAGAAAAAGGAGGAAAUGGGGCAAGAGGCUGAGUGUUCUUGGGAGAAGAGUGAAUGCUGGGAAAGCUGUGUGAAAAUCUCAGUGCUCUGUCAACAGGGAAAGUGGCUUUUUGUGCAGCCAUGGUUUAAGUUGACACUGAGUAUAUUUUUCAUAAGAGAAAAUUCAUUUGGUUUAAAAGUGGUUGGAUAGCAGACAGCUGUUCUCCUGUCUGAAUCAAACCUCUGCACUCUCAAUAACUGGGCACAAAACCCCCAGCCCCUCUGCAUCUAGUGGUUCUGCAGAAUGUUCAUACCAGUUAGAUAUGGAAAACAAAUGAGAGAUAUGGAUCCUAUGUUGUUAUUUUAACCCUUAAUUUUAAUCCUCCUCCUUUUAGUCAGUGGGUGGGUGAGCCCUGUUUAAACUGCUCAUGUAUCCCCACAUGGUGCCCUGGCAGUCUGUACCCAAUCCACCCGUCUGUGCGGGAACACAUCCAGCUCUGUGCGUGAGACAGACUGGGAGAAACAGAAGUAGGGGACCAAAAAGGGAGAGGCAAAAACUCCCUGCAAGGAAUCAAAUCCAGGUAAUUAACUGCAACGCUGCAGUUACAAAACAGAAGCUAUUUUUAUUUAAGCGCUAAGAGUGACUGCUAUCUAAAUGAACAAUAGAGAAUUAAAGUGGAGAACAAAGGGGAAAAAAGUAGGAAGAGAUGCAUUCAUCUCAGGUAUGAGAUAAAGUCUUUCUGAAGACAGACUACUCUUAGGUACACU